AUGCAGGGAAUAUUGCGGCACGGUUGCCGGCUGCUACCGAGAGUGACUGUUACUGCGCGGGUCGGUGGUUUAUAUUCCUCUGCUGCUGGGCACUGGGCGCCCCCUAGUGGAUAUAACACGGGGAUACAAGUGCACAACAGUCUGACGAAGAGGAAGGAAGAGCUCUCGCUGUACAGACCGGCUCUGGCGACAUGGUAUAGCUGUGGCCCAACAGUUUAUGAUCACUCACAUCUUGGACAUGCAUGCUCCUAUGUCCGUUUUGACAUAAUUCGGAGAAUUAUGACUCUUUAUUUUGGAAUUGAUGUUGUCAUGGUGAUGGUCAUAACCGAUAUUGAUGACAAGAUAAUCAGGAGGGCCAAUGAGCUAAACGUGUCUCCUGUGUCCCUGGCUCGUACAUAUGAACAAGAGUUUAAACAAGACAUGAUGGCUUUGAAGGUUCUUCCUCCCACAAUAUAUAUGAGAGUUACUGAACAUAUUCCACAGAUCAUAUCAUUUAUACAACAGAUAAUUUCUAAUGGACAUGCUUAUUCUACCUCACUUGGGAAUGUGUAUUUUGAUGUUCAGUCGGUUGGCAAAAGAUAUGGAAAAUUUAUUGGUUCUUUUUCAGAUAUGGAUUCUGAGUCAGUUGUAAGUGACAAAAGGUCGUCCAGAGACUUUGCCUUAUGGAAGACUGCCAAACCAGAUGAGCCUUAUUGGAUUUCUCCAUGGGGUAAAGGGAGGCCUGGAUGGCAUAUUGAGUGUUCCACUAUUGCAAGUGCUGUGUUUGGAAAACAGCUUGACAUUCAUACUGGUGGAAUUGACCUGGCAUUCCCUCAUCAUGAAAAUGAAAUUGCUCAAUGCGAGGCCUAUCACCAAUGUGAUCAGUGGGGGAACUAUUUUCUACAUUCUGGGCAUUUACAUUUAAAAGGAAAAGAAGAAAAAAUGUCAAAGUCUUUGAAAAACUACAUUACAGUAAAGGAAUUUCUGCAGUCUUUCUCUUCUGAUGAGUUUCGGAUGUUUUGUUUACGUUCUAAAUAUAAAUCAGCUGUUGAGUACAGUAAGGAUUCCAUGAAUGAAGCCACGAGCACCCUUAAAAUGAUUUCUUCUUUUAUGAACGAUGCCAAUGCCUAUCUCAAAGGUCAGCUUAUCUGUGAACCUAUACAGGAGGAUAUACUUUGGCAAAGCCUGAAUGAAACUAAAGUGAAUGUUAAAGCAGCGUUUGCAGAUGACUUUGACACCCUACGAGCUGUUGAUGCCGUUAUGGACCUCAUUCACCAUGGCAACCGACAGCUUAAGACCGUUUCCAAGGGUACGCCUCAGGCUCGUAGCCCUCUGGUUUAUGGUGCCAUUGUGGCUUAUGUGGAACAAUUUUUGGAUCUUUUGGGAAUUUCUCAGAAAGAGAAGCAGACUGCUGUAGAAGGCAAAAAUUCUGCUCUUCUAUUAAAUGUGGUUGAUGAAAUUGUAGACUUCAGAAGCAAAGUUCGUAAUUAUGCUCUAGUAACUGAAGAGACAGUGCAAGAUAUGCCGUAUUCUAUGGAAGAGGUAGCGCAGCAAAAGGAAAGGCGGAAACAGAUGGUUAAAGACAGAGACCCUCUGAUGAAGGCCUGUGAUGCAUUGCGUCUGAAUUUAGCUGGGUUUGGAAUUAAUAUAAAGGAUAGAGGGACUGUUUCUACAUGGGAAUUGCAGAACAGCAAGGAAAGCCAGACACAGUGAGAUUAUUUAUUACAUAGGGUCAUUUAUUCCACAUUAAAAUUUAUAUAUUUUUUUUUACGGAUGUGUUAUCUUAUUACUUAAAUAGCUGAUAUGAUAGAUCACUUCUUUAAAUCAGCACAUUACUGAAAGAAAGGGGUCUCCGGUAAGGCAUAAAGGGGUACUUUGGUGAUAAGCAUUAUGCCCAGGCUGCAGGACAGAAAAAUGAUAAACCUGCACAUGCCUCCAUACGCUCCUUGACAAAGCUUUUUGUCAUUGGAACAACCCUCUUUAUGGAAUCUCCUUUCUACAAGGGACUUCUAAACACCAUAGGAGAUUAGCACUUUCAUUUGGAAUAGUAAAAAGUGCAAGACUCAUACCCACAUCUAUCGUCAUACAAGACACAUAACAAGACUGGAGGCACAUGAGAAACUGUCUCUAAUUUUACAUGUGGAAUACAUGAUACUGCAUAAACGGUUCCCUAAAGAAGUUUGUUGGGGAAAAUUAAGCAGAAACUACAAUCCAUGAUGAAGCUACAGACACAAUAAGGAGCAAUCUGUGGGUAAACACUUCUAUGGGCCAGGACACAGUAUAACAGAUCAGUCUUAAUUGUGAACGGUAAUUUUUAAAAAGAAUGUCACCAGGUUUCUGCUACCAUCUCUGAGGGGAACAGAACACAGUGCUGCAGACUCUAAUUCCAGGCAUGUAUAACUUGCAUGUCUCUCUGUAGUCUUAUAAAAUCAAGGACACCCAGCGAAGUGCACUAGUCCUGCUAAUGUAUGUACACAGUUGUCCUGGAAAUUCAUGAACAUCCGCUGACUCCGCCACUGAUUGACACCUGUAACGCUGCUAUAUUUUUCAGCUGUCUGUGUAGCAGGGAUGUGGGGAACAUAGUGAUUUUAUGAGAUUGGCUUAAUAAAAAAGAUGUAGGUAAUGAAUUGUUAGAAGCAUGGUCACUGCCACUAGUUUAUGUUGUCUUCAGAUAAGACCAAGAAGGAAAAUCUGGGAAAUCAAGCUGAUAACAUAGAGUACUUGUUUUAGGACUUCAAUGGGCUCUAUUACAUGGGGCAUUUAUCAGCCCAACAGGCCAAUAUAUCUCAAUAU